AGUUUAAGGCGAUGUAGGGGGUACCGAGUCACAUGACUACAAAAUGGCGACGCUAGACAUCAAAUUGAAAAAGGCAAAUAAAGUUUACAGAGAAGGGGAACUAGUGAAGGGGGCAAUAUGUGUUGAUGCAGGAAAAAGUGAGAUAGCACAUCAAGGCAUCACCUUGGUGAUGGAGGGAUCAGUAAACUUGCAGCUCAGUGCCAAGAGUGUAGGACUCUUUGAGGCAUUCUACAGUUCACUGAAGCCUCUUCAGCUGAUAAAUUAUUCCUUGGAUAUAGCUAAGCCUGGAAAACUUCCUAGUGGUAGAACCGAAAUUCCCUUUGAAAUUCCAUUAAAAGCAAAGGGUUACAAGGAACUAUAUGAAACUUACCAUGGAGUGUUUGUAAACAUACAGUACUCGCUGAAAGUUGAUAUGAAGAGGCCCCUACUUGCAAAGGAUCUACAGAAAACCUGUGAAUUUAUUGUAGAAUAUUCGGACAAGGAUAAAGCAGAGAAGGCAAAACCCAAGCCUGUUCAGUUUACCAUAUCCCCCGAGACGUUAACAAAUGUAAAAGAAAAGCAGAACGUGCCAAAGUUCAAAGUCAAGGGGAAAUUGGAGUCAGCUGUUUUAUGCAUCACGAAACCACUCAAAGGGGAGCUGAUGGUAGAGCAGUGUGACACACAGAUCAAGUCCAUAGAGAUUCAAUUAGUGCGGGUAGAAACAUGUGGAUGUGCUGAGGGAUAUGCUAAAGACGCCACAGAGAUACAGAACAUACAGAUAGCUGAUGGUGAUGUGUGCAGGGGAAUCUCUAUACCCAUCUUCAUGAUCUUCCCUCGUCUCUUUACAUGUCCGACACUUUCAACCAAUAAUUUCAAAGUUGAUUUUGAAAUCAACAUAGUAAUUGUGUUUCAAGACAAUCAUUUGGUGACAGAAAACUUUCCUAUCAAGCUGACAAGGUUUUAGAGAGCUAGGGUAGAAACCUAGAGAUAUAUGGCCUCACAAACAGGAGUAUAUGAUAUUGUACAGCAACAGGAUGAACUGGAUUUCACUUCCAUACAUUCAGAACAGCUCAUUCAUAAAAUAAAGUAUCAUUUAAGGUACCUCACUACACCCAGACUUAUACUUUUUAAGACACUACGUCACAAGAUGGCGAUUUAAAUGUUUUGUUAAACUGUUUAUAUUGUUCGAUUCGGUUGUAUAUCUGGUCGUAGCUCACUUGUUAAAGUAACCGCAGAUCACGAGUUCGAAUCCGCCUGGAGCUUUUGUUCAUGUUCACUGAAUUAAAUUUUCAAAAGUGUAAUUUUUAAUCCAAAAUUGCACAUCUUUUGCCUAUUUGACUUAAAUACUUCUUAUCCAAUAUGAUAUCUAUCAUAAUCAGGUAAUUUUCUACUGAUUUGAGAAAAUAUUUCAAGGUGUAGUGAGCCACCUUAACGGGAGAUAACUUUGUGUCCAAAAACCCAUGUAAAGCUUGAGUAUUGAUGCAAGGACAUGUAUCUUUUAUAUUUACACAAUUGUGUAUAUGUAAAAGUGUUUAUGUAAAACAUCUGAAAUGUAUACAGUGCAAUAUUUAUUUUAUGUAUAAAAUAAUAAAAAAAAAUCAUGUAUA